GUAGGAAGGCAUUUUGCGUAUCCAUUGCGAAUGCCAUAGAGAGAGAGAGAGAGAGCGAGAGAGAGAGAGAGAGAGAGUAUUGAAGAAAGUGAAAACCCUAGUGUCUACUGAGUAGUCUGAGUGAGAAAAUGCCUCUGAAGAUGUUGGACGCUACAAUCUCCACCUUCGACGAUGUGUUGGAGAAAUUCAAAUCGGAUGCACCAAACAACAAAGCUAAUCUCAUUCUCUUCUUGGCUGACAAAGACCCUUCCACCUCUCUCAGCUGGUGUCCUGAUUGUGUGAGAGCCGAACCUGUAAUUUACAAAAAGCUAGAAGCAGUGCCUGAUGAUGUGGCACUCCUGCAAGCUUAUGUUGGUGAUCGACCUACAUGGAGGAAUCCCCAGCAUCCAUGGCGGGUUGAUUUAAGGUUCAAGCUCACAGGAGUUCCUACACUAAUUCGAUGGGAAGACGAUGCCGUCAAAGGCCGCCUUGAAGACCAUGAAGCCCACCUUGAACACAAAAUUGACACCCUCGUAGCUAGAAAAUAAGAUAUCGUUUAUCUCAAUAAAGAUGGUUUGGAUAAGCUAUGUUUCAUAGAAUAAUCUGCAACUAAACUCUACAGUUUUCAUCUCUGUUGAACAUUAAUUAAUGAUGUUGCCCUUCUUGGCUGAUGAAGUAAAAAA